UCCCCAUCCAGAGGGACCUCUUGUCUCCAGACAGCAUCACAGUGGGACCACGGAGGGAGAGAAAGAGGGAGCAAGCAUAGAAGCAGCCCCGGCUGGGGAGGGCCAUGGAGCUGCAAAGGCCGGCAGAGGUGGUUCUGGCCAUGGUGGCAACUGCGUUCAAUGGGAGUUGCUUAGGGAGACAGAGAGUGGCCCACCUUGCCUGGCCGCCGCAGAGGGGCACAGACAGCUGACAAGGACACAUGGCAGUAAGAAGUCAAAGUGCCCUUUGGAGAGAAUCCACUUCGGUUUAAUGACAGAUGACGGAUCAAGAUGCUUCAGGUGUGCGCAUUGAAAAGCCCCUUGCUGUGAAACACCCCACACCUGUAUUUGCUACACUGGAGGGGUGGGGGAGAAAAGGCCCAGCAGAGGAUAGGAAAUGAGGAGGAUCAGCUGCCUUCUGGCAUUGGUCCUUUUCAUCCUUGCUGUGAUCAAUGCUGAGUGUUCCUCUAGACCAGGGCCCAGAGUGUGCUCCAUGGGGCUGAAGAGCCAGGUGGUGUCCUACCUCGUGUCCCAUGCCCAACCUAUGUACCAGCCUUACCUCACUUUGUGCCAGGGAUACAGGCUCUGCAGUAUGUACAGAACCAUCUACAAAACUGCCCAGCGCCUAGCCUAUCGGAAGCAGUCCUAUCCAACAUAUGCCUGCUGUCCUGGGUGGAGACGGGCAAAUGGUGCCCCUGGGCAUGGAUGCAGUAUAGCAAUCUGCCGCCCCCCUUGCCAGAAUGGUGGGAAGUGUCUGUCCCCUAACAAGUGUUCUUGCCCUUCAGGAUGGAGCGGAAAGAGUUGCCAGAAAGAUGUGGAUGAAUGUGCUGGAGGGAGACACGGGUGCAGCCACACCUGUCACAACGUGGUUGGGAGUUACCGCUGCACCUGCCAGCAAGGUUACGAACUCGGUGUGGAUGGAAGGACCUGUGAGGCUCUGGGGGUGCCUACUGAUGCUGUGAGCCCAGCUAGGACCACCAACCUGAUGGUGGAGGAUGAAGUUCGGCAGCUGAAGACCAGGAUGGCCGCUCUGGAGGAAGUUCUUGCAAAAAUGAACGUUAAGGAAGACAACAGAAGAUUCAAAUGGAGCAGGACUCCUAGCCUCUUCUGUGUCACCAAAAUAUGCAUCUGUACAGCAGCGAAUAACUUUGUGGACUAAAGAAGCAAAGUGAAGCCAUCAGGCGAUAAAGAAACACAGGAUGUCAGCUAGAAAGGAACUCUUAUUGGCGUCCUGAAAAUUAAGCAAGCUGCAGCUUCUGGUAAUAGAGAAGCUUGCAACCCUCAUCCCCAAAUGUGGUACAUAGGAAGCUGCCUUAUACUGAGUCAGACCCUUGGUCCAUCUAGCUCAGUAUUGUCUAUACUGGCAGCAGCGGCUAUCCAGGGUUUCAGUUCUUCCCUUGAAAAUUAAGCAAGAUUCUAGACCUCAUUGUUUUGUAUAAAGGACUCAAGUAGCAACAAAAGAAGCUGCUUUAUACCAAGUUAGACCAUUGGCCUUUUUAGCUCAGUAAACUACCUGGUUUGUUUGUUUUUUGGUUGGUGGAAGGAGAAGAGAGGAUGAAGGCUGUGUUGUCGUAAAGCAGCUUUGCCCAAACCUGAUACCUUUGGGACUACAACUCCCAUCAUUCCUAGCCCUUGAGCCAUGCCAGCUGGGGUGGGUGGGUGACUGAUGGGAGUUAAGCAUCCGGCAACAUAAUCAGGCCAGUGGCCCAUCUUGUUCAGCAUCCUCACAAGAGUCCAGUGGCAUCCUGGCUAUGAUUCCUGCAUUGGAUUAGAUGAUCCUUGGGAGCCCUUCCAACUUUUCAACUCUAUGAUACUUAUGUUCUGGAGAGCUGCAGGUUCCACCCAACUCUGAGCCAUGCCUCCUGUUUUCUUCUGCCACCAUAAGCGUGUACAAAACCUUCCUAUUUUGAAAAUAAUUGUCUAGAGAGAACUUAAUGGUACAAUUUACUCACUCUUCUGCAAAAGUGCAAAGGCUCGACACCAGUAAUGACCUGAUGCAAUAUUAUUAUUAUUUUUUCCUUUUGGAAAUAAGUUGUUGUUUUUUCUCCAAUAAAAGACACACACACA